AUGAAAUCUAAGAGUGAUCUCUUAUUAGUAUUAACAAUCGAGUCGGUUGUUGUCGGUAUCGUGCUUGGAUUCAUCAUUCGACCUUUUAAUCCCAGUAACGAUGCAAUUAGUCUGAUCGGAUUUCCUGGUGAAAUAUUCAUGCAAAUUGUUGAAAUGAUGAUUCUACCGAUGAUCAUUUCAUCGGUUAUUUCAGAACACAGAAAUGCGAUAAAUGAAAACAAAAUUUCAGCACUUUCACAAUUAAGAGCUCGAGAUGCUGGCCAAAUUGGAAUGAUGACUGUCAUUUACUACUUAACAACCACAUUUUUAUCAACAUUCACAGGUAUAAUUCUCGUGUCGUCAAUACAUCCGGGUGAUCCACAUCUCAUUCAUAUGCUCGGUGAAGGCACUCUCGAUGAUACUGCACUAUCAACAUUGGAUACAUUUCUCGAUCAGAUCAGGAAUAUGUUCCCCGAGAAUAUAAUCCAGGCAACAUUCCAACAAGUGCAAACAAACUAUGUGGCUGUGAAGCCGAGAUUGUUGAAAGCUGGUAGUGCAAUUAAUGGGACCAUGGAGAAGCCGAUUAUGAAACCGGUUUUGGAAUAUACAAAUGAAAUGAAUGUUCUGGGUUUGAUUGUCUUCUGCACUGGUUUCGGUGUUAUAUUAAGUGUCUUGGGUGAACAGGCGAGAUUAAUGAUAAACUUUUUUAUCGUUUUGGAUGCUAUUAUUAUGCGAUGGAUAUCAGCAUUGAUGUGGUGCUAUCCGAUUGGUAUCCUAUCGUUGGUGUGCAAAAACAUCGUUGAUAUUGAUAAUUUAUCGGAAACAGCACAAGCGUUAGCGAUGUAUGUUGUGACAGUAAUGUGUGGACUUAUGAUUCACUCUUUAUUAACGCUGCCGUUAUUGUACUUUGUUGUAGUAAGAAGAAGUCCGUUUGAUUUUAUGACUGGUAUGUUACAAGCUCUCGCUACUGCAUUUGGUACUGCAUCAAGUGGUGCCACAUUACCGGUGACGUUUCGAAGUCUCGAGGAUGAUCUAAAAAUCGAUCGGCGUGUCACACGAUUCGUAUUACCGCUUGGAGCGACAAUCGCAAUGGUGGGAAUUGAUUUUAGCAAUAGGAAUGGACGAAAAUUAUUCACCUUGAAAAGCGCAGAAACGGCAUUACAGGAUGGAACGGCUCUUUAUGAAGCAGUUGCAGUUAUUUUUAUCGCUCAACUUAAUAAUGUGCAGCUGACAUUACUUGAAUUACUGACUAUAAGUGUCACAACGACGGUUGCGUCCAUCGGUUCUGGAUCCGUACCUGCAGGUCUUGACACCAUACUGAUAGUGCUCACCACUGUGGGACUUCCGGCUAAUAAUCUCAGUCUAUUACUGACCGUUGAUUGGCUGUUAGAUCGUGUACGAACAAGUGUUAACGUAUUGGGUGAUGGCUUUGGUGCGGGCAUCAUCCAUCAUCUGACGAAGGGUCGUCUUUUAGAGGCUGAUAAUGAAGAUUUGAUACGACAACUCAAAAAUGAUAUCGAGGCAUUGAAUGCGCCCGACAGUCCUUACAAUCUUUCAGCGCAACAAACGACACCUUUGGUCACUGUUGCGGUUGGGCCCAGCAGACGAGAAAGUACCAAGCGGACAUUCCCAGGAGGGGACGAUGAGAAAGAGUCACUGAUGGUACCAAUACCAAAUGAAGUGUUUACCGUCUAG